UCAUUGUCACUUUCUGUCAAGCUCAGUGCCUUUGGGCAGGCCACUGCCCUUCUCUCACCCUCACUCUCCGCAUCUCUGAAAUGGGAAGAGGCCCUGAGUUUACAGCUUUGUGCAAAUUGGCCCUGUAGGAUGUGUCCGUCUCAGUCAUUCUCAUCCUCCUCUAUGUGGUCCCGGUCUCUCCCUGGCACACUUCUUCCUGAAGUUUGUGGUAAGCCCUGGUGGUCGGAAGAUUUGGAAAUGACCCACCAUUGGCCCUGGGAGGUGAGCCUCCGGAUGGAAAAUCAGCACGUAUGUGGAGGGGCCCUCAUUGACCCCAGCUGGGUGGUGACGGCGGCCCACUGCAUCCAAGGCACCGAAGAGUACUCAGUGGUGCUCGGCACCUCCAAGUUGCAGCCCAUGAACUUCAGCAGGGCCCUCCGGGUCCCUGUGAGGGACAUCAUUAUGCACCCCAAGUACCGCGGCCGGACCUUCAUCGUGGGUGACAUUGCCCUUGUCCACCUUCAAACACCUGUCACCUUCAGUGAGUCAGUGCUCACCCUGCUCGGCUCCACAGCCAACUCCACACUGACCCCAGAGCUGCAGGAGGCUGAGGUGUUUAUCAUGGACAACAAGAGAUGUGACCAGCAUUACCACAAGAAGUCCCUCUUCCCCCCAGUCAUCCCCCUUGUCCUGGGGGACAUGAUCUGUGCCACCAAUUAUGGAGAAAACUUAUGCUAUGGGGAUUCUGGGGGGCCAUUGGCUUGUGAAGUCGAGGGUGGAUGGAUUCUGGCUGGGGUGUUGUCCUGGGAAAAGGCCUGCGCAAAGGCACAGAAUCCAGGUGUGUACACCCGCGUCACCAAAUACACCAAAUGGAUCAAGAAACAAAUAAGCAAUGGAGCCUUCUCAGGACCCUGCGCCUCUGCCUGCCUCCUAUUCCUCUGCUGGCUGCUGCAGCCCCGGAUGGGCUCCUGACCUCCCUACCCCUUCCUCCUCCUGCCUCACCCUGCUGAAUGGGGCCAGAUGGAGGUUUGACCAAGGUCAUGUGUCCACCUGCAACAAGAGUCAGGGUGGGGAAGAGUAACCCCUGGGAGAAUGGGUCUGGCUUUGGCAUGCCAGUGAAGAGAACUGUGGUGGAUGACUAGGCUUUGCGUGAGCAGGAGCAGAGAAGUGUGGCCUAGAAAGAUUCUGGAAUCUCAGACCAGGAGAGCAGGGAUUAAACAUGUGUAAACUUGAG